AUGACAAGAGGCAAUGGGCUUGCUUUGUUUUUUGGGCUGCUGGUAGCCCUUCAACCGCAGAGCAGUGUCUGCAUGCCACUGUCCGUGCGCUUGAAGGCUGCCUUUUCAAGUGGGGCGCGGCGGCAAGCGCUCAACCUGGGGAAGCGAAUCCGAUCCAGACCGUGGGGAGGUUUGGACUUCUGGGCUCCGGGACAGCAGGCAAACUUGGUUUCGAACAGAAGCUUUGGCGCUGGUGGCGCGAGCCAUGAGACGAUCUUUCUCCACAACCACAUCGACAUCGCUGCACCAGAGCUGCGACGUCGGCUGCUCGAGCUGGCCAUGGCCGCGGAUGCUGCAGCGGGAUGGAACCUCAGCCGCGGUCAGCCUUUGAGGGCCAGGUGUUUGGAGCUUCUGACGUAUCGAGGAACAUGGAGAUUUGAACCGGUGGCGUGGCAUGGAGAUGGGGCCACACUACUGACUUUGCUGGUCGUUCUCAGCAACAGGCGUUCGUACGAGGGUGGCGCUGUUGAGCUGAGAGACUAUGGCAACGGUCCUCACGGCCCACCGGAACCAUCGCAACUUACAACGUUGGAUAGGACGCAAGUGCUGGAGGUCAUGGCCGACACAUGGCACCGGCCGCUGCGAGCCGCAUCCGCGCCGAGCGACACUGCAGAAGUAGCACGAGUGAGGCUGGAGCAUCACGUCGACUUGGAGGCAGGCGAUGCGAUUGCCUGGCGCGGGUGGACUCUGCACCGUGCCACACCGGUGGUGGCUGGCAACAGGCAGGUCUUGGCCUCCGAAUGGUGGCUGGGGGAAGAUGCGGCCGACUCCGGGAUCGCACGAGCCCCCGACUCGGUGGUUGAGUUCCGUCGGGCUCUGCAGCGCGACCCUCGUGCCUCACAGCUCCACCGCUGGCUGGGCGGCGCCUUCUGCGAGAAGCAACCUUGCCAUGACGGCCACACGACUUCUUCGGCUUUGAGCGCUUACCAGACCGCACUAUCCCUAGCUCCAGAAGACCCUAUGGCCCUCCAUGCCUUGCAAGCUUUCCUGCAGUCGGGCUCGCAAAGUGAGAAAAGGGAACGCGCGACCAUUCCGCGCGGACCUUUGGCAGACUCUCCGAGCACGCCUGGAAUCGUAGGCAGUCUGCCAGAUGGCCAAACCAAGCUAACCUGGCCAGAGCUGCGAGUGGUCUCCGGGGGGAUCUUCCGUGUGUGCUGGUGCCCUGGGGCCCAGCAGGGCGGCGCGGAGCGCAGCGACUGCGAGGCGUCUGAGGACUUCUACGCCGAGUUCGGGACCUUUGCCAGCCUCCGCAUUCGUGAUGGCUGGUCCAGUGCGUGCCCUCGAGCCGAGGAGCCGAUUCUGAUUCAUGUGUCUGCGAUUGGGCUCAGGCCAGAGGUGGAUCGCAUCCUGUUGCUCAAGGCAUCCGAAGUCUGUGGAGAGGGCAUUCCUGACGUUUUGGCUCCGGGUGGAGUCGUGAGCUCGGAGUCCGGGUUCGGUGCUCUCCAGUGCAGGCAGGAUCCGAAUGCCGGCGCAGAGGACCUGGAGCGGAAGAUGGUGUGCGGAGGUGUCGACUCAUUGGGUGCCGUGCGUACCUACACCCUCGGAAUCUACCAGAUUUGCGUUUGUGGAGCGCUUCCAGCCUAUGAUUGCUCACAUCCGUCGCACUACUGGACUCCUGCUGGCAAAGCCUUCCAGGUGUUGAUGAGGUCCGACGCGCCGGGGGCCGCGGAGAGUGUGCCCCCAGUGUCACUCCUCACCGUUUCCAAGAGUCCUGUGGUAGCUGCCGCUUACGCUUCGCAGCCGCUCGGCUCCGAGCGCCGGCUUGCCGCUGGAUACGAGGACGGAGUGGUGCGCAUAUGGAAGCCAGCAGUCCCGGAGAUUGUCGCAACGCUGAUCGGCCACCUCGACCACGUUCAGGCAGUGGCUUGGGCACCCGAUGGUAGCUGGCUGGCAUCAGCAGGCCUCGAUGGCAGUCUGCGGCUCUGGGGCACCGCUGCGGGCCUCGGCCCGCACGGCCAGGGCGUGCCGCCGCACGUCUGCCCCAACUGGGCUCCUGUGUGGCACAGGCCAGGUGGCAACAUGCCAGAUUUUGAUUGGCAGAACGUCAUCCUCGGCCACGUGCUGAGCAUGAAUCCCCUCAACAUCACGCAGGAGCCUUUCGUGAACUUUGCAGAAGCUCUCUCCCACGAAGAUCUUGCAGACAUAGGUCACCUGACCUUGAAACGAGCCUCAGUGCAGUGUGAGAAGGCCUGCAGCAAUUUCCGGGAGAUGGCAGCCGACUUCUGUGAGUGCGGGCCGAGCUUGGAAUGCCACAUUCUUGGGACCUGCCUGCCCAAAUGUGGCUUGGAGGCAUACGUCUGGCCGGUGGCGCACAAGCAGGGCCUCACCGCCGUUGUCGUUUCAUGGACGCUGAACCUCUCGCACUCGCAGGUGCCAGUUCUGGAGGCAGCACUAGAAAAGUGCAAGCGCUGGCUCCAGCAUGAUCGAACAUACCGGAGACCAGAGGCAGCGUGCCAAGCGGAUCCGUUUGCCGUCUUGCACCACGGCCCUUCUGCCGAGGCUACGCUCAUCCAUUUUCUGAUGCAGGUCACAGUGAACUUCUUGCAUUGUAAGGAGAGUGCAUAUUAUGGCCCGUUGUAG